AUGUUAAACAAGCCAGUGCUGGCAGAGUCCCUGGUGGUGUUCGUCGUCGUGGUGUCGGUGCACGCGGUGGUGUGGGACAGGUACUCGUGGUGUGCCGUGGUGCUCGCCGUUCAGGCCUUCUACGUCCAGUUCAAAUGGGACCGGCUGCUCCAGCUGGGAGGGGCUGUCUUCCAGUUCCGUGCAGCAGCCAACAGUGGCCUCCUGCCUGCCAGCAUGGUCAUCCCCUUGCUGGGGAUUGUGAUGAAGGAGAGGUGCAGAGCUGCUGGCAUCGUCUACUUCGAGCGCUUUGGCAUCGUGGUCGCCUCCUCGGGGAUGCUGCUGGCUCUCUUCCUGUCGGUACUAGCAGUUGGCAUCACCAAACCUGUGCCAACCAACACUUGCAUACUUACUGGUAUGGCUGGCAGUGUAAUUAUCUAUACCAUGAAACACUCUUUGACUGUCUCAGAAGUGAUAGAGGUGCUAGAAGUGCUGCUCAUUUUUGUCUACCUCAGUAUGAUCUUGCUGUACUUGUUGCCUCGGUGUUUCACUCCUGGAGAAGCUUUGCUGGUUCUUGGGGGUAUAAGUUUUGUUCUCAAUCAGCUCAUUAAACGCUCACUGAACGUAGUUGAGGGCAGAGGUGAUCCCAUUGACUUCUUCCUGCUGGUAGCAGUUGUUGGAGUUGUUCUCCUUGGUCUUUUUUUCACUGUGCUCUUCAUGUUCAUGGAUUCAGGCACAUGGAUCUCCUCCAUGUUCUUCCACAUGAUGACAGCAGUGCUAGGCCUAGGGGUCAUCAUGCCUUGGCUGUACAGACUGAUCCAGAGGAACCCUCUCUUCUGGCUGCUGCAGUUCCUGUUUCAGACACAGACAAGACUUUACCUUCUUGUGUACUGGACUUUCCUGGCAGCUUCAGCAUGUGGUGUGGUUUUCUACCAGAAUGCCAAGAGAUCAUCUGAAUCUAAAAAACACCAGGCCUCAACCAUAACCAGGAAAUAUUUCCACUUCAUUGUUGUAGCCACAUAUGUUCCUGGACUCAUUUAUGACCGACAACUCCUCUAUGUGGCUGCAGUGCUGUGUCUGGCAGUGUUUGUCUUCUUAGAGUAUAUUAGGUAUUUCAGGAUCAAACCAUUUGGCCAAACCCUUAGGCAGUUGCUGUCUCUCUUCUUGGAUGAAAGAGACAGUGGACCUCUAAUCUUGACUCAUAUUUACCUCCUCCUUGGCAUGUCCCUCCCAGUGUGGUUGUUCCCCAGAUCCUGUGCUCCUAAAGGCUCCUUGUCUGGGGCAGGAGCACUGGUCCCCUACUCUGGGGUGCUGGCAGUAGGGGUAGGAGACACUAUUGCCUCUGUUUUUGGCAGUAGCAUGGGGGAAAUCAAAUGGCCAGGAACAAAGAAGACCUUUGAAGGGACCAUGACAGCUAUUUUUGCUCAGAUCAUUGCUGUAGCUCUCAUCCUGAUCUUUGACAGUAGUGUGAACCUGAACUCCAGCUAUGCCUGGAUUCUGGCAUCUGUCAGUUUGGUUUCUCUUUUGGAAGCUUAUACUACCCAAAUUGAUAACCUGUUGUUACCUCUCUACCUCCAAAUCAUGUUCAUGGCAUAGAAGCACUUCCAGAAACAGAGGUUUCUCCCUUCCUAGAGACAAGUGGUACUAGAAAAUGCACUGAAAUGAGAGCUCACAG